AUGCAGCACACACCUGCAGCACCAUCGAUCACGAAACGAUCGGUCGAGCUGGUCAGCGACGCACUGGGCGGCAACAACGGUGAUGGCGGCGAUGGCGGCGACGAAUCGAGUGGCGCCAGUCGACUCACGGCGCCGAAUUCACUGUCGAAAAUGGUGGCCCUCUUCGACACACUGACCUUUGAACUGCCUCGUACUCGCGACCUCCCGAUCGAAACGGGGUUUCGAUCGCGCUUGAGCUCGCGCACCACCCUUGGGGCCAUCGAAAGUGUCUGGUAUCAACCGCGCCGCGGCUGCACCAAGAACGACGCUGAGGACAGCGAUGAGGACGUCACCGGGCAACACCUUUGCACCGCUUCAACAGCGACCACAACGACGGCGACUACGACGACUGCGAGGACGGACUCGAACCAGCAGGCAUGCUCGUCCUUCGAAUCGUCCCAAUGUCCCCGCACGCUCGACCCGAUCGCCUGCAGGUGGAGGCGGCAGGUGCGAGCAUCGCAUCGGCGCUUCUACUACUACCCGCUCUACCCUCCCUGUCGGAGCUGGGUGACAGAUAGACAGAAACGGACAGUUACAGUUACAACGCGCGACAACACGAUGACGGCCGAUCUGAUGGAUUUACGAAUGCACCAUCAUCUAGCCCUACAGACGGAGUUCUACCGUCACCAGAUGCACCAGAUGCAACGCUUGCCAGAUCCAUACCCGGCGAUGCUACCGGUACCGGCACCACCACCGGCGGCGGCAGCCCGUCCCCUGAUGAUGCCACCCCGCUACAACACCCUCCCGGAGGUGGACGUCAAGCUGCAGAACCGCGAUCUUUGGAGCCAGUUCGCCAAGAUCGGCACCGAGAUGAUCAUCACCAAGAGUGGCCGACGAAUGUUCCCGUCGAUGCGCCUGUCGGUGAAUGGGCUGGAGGCCGAGGAGAACUACUUUAUCCUGCUCGAGAUGGUCCCGAUCAGUGACUGUCGGUUCAAGUUCAGCGGCUCCCAGUGGGUACCGGCCGGUGGUGCGGAACCGCAGAGCCCCCAGCGCAUCUACUUCCACCCGGAUGGGCCGGCCCUCGGUACCCACUGGACUUCGCAGCCGAUCGUCUUCAACAAGGUGAAGCUCACCAACAACACGCUCGACAGUAAUGGCCACAUCGUCCUCACGAGUAUGCACAAGUACCAGCCAAGGAUUCACGUCAUCAAGGCGUCCGAUGCCGCACAGAUCCCGUGGGCACCGCAGCAGGCCUUUACCUUUCCCGAGACCGAGUUCGUGGCCGUCACUGCCUAUCAGAACGAUCGCAUCACGAAGCUCAAGAUCGACAACAAUCCGUUUGCGAAGGGCUUCCGGGAGACGGGCCAGUCGCGGUGCAAGCGCAAGGCCGGUCUGCUACUGUCCUCGCCCGACUCCGGCCACGGUUCCGGUCGCAGUUCGGAGGAGGACGACGAAUCCGAUGGCCACGACGGGUCGACCGGACGGAGUCCGGAUGCGAAGCGAGCACGGACGAGCAGUCUGGCCGGUUCGCUUUCGUCCCUCGACGAUAGUGAGCUGUCGGUGAGUGAUGGUGCCUCGGUGAGCAGUGGUACCAGCUCACCGGUGGUCGUGGACGAUUUCGGUGCCUCGCCGAUACCGCCCCGCCAUGGCCCGAUUCCGCGUGCCUUCUAUCCAUCCGCCGGACUGUCACUUUUCGCUCCCCAUCAUCCGCAUCCGCAUCAUCAUCAUGUACCACAUCCGCAUCCGGCGUUGCUAGCAGGAGGAGCUGGCAUGGCUGCUCCCAGUACCUGGAUGGAGCUUAUGUUCCCCUUUGCUGGUCGGCCAACCGCCGGCCUCCCGAAUGGACCGGGACUCGAGCAAAGCGCUCUGGUACAGGCGGCCCACCAGCUUCAACAGUUCGCUCGUCGAGAGUUUCUGCCGAGUUUGGGCGGAGAGGCCGGGCUCCGGGAACACCAGCAACGUGUUGGCAGUGCUGCCAGCUCACCGAAACACGACGACAAUGGCAGCAGCAGCAGCAGUCCGAUCGCCGUCAAGAAGCAACCAACCCAUCAGCAGCACCAGCUACCCUUCAGCAUCUCGGCCAUUCUUGGCCACUCGGGAUAA